GGCGGCGGCGGCGGCGGCGAAGUCGUCGCUAUUUUUGGACUUCGCCAUCCGCAUUCUCCUGGCUACUGCGGCCCACAGCGAACGAUGGCGUGUGCAGUGGCCACCCCAUUGCUGGAGCCGAGCGGGGACUUCCCGGCGUGGCUGGAGGCGCAGGGCGUGAACGAGGAGGUAGCCCGGGCCAUGAACUCGGAGCUGGGCAUCCGGGACUACGGGGUCCUGCGUGCCUGUGUCAGGGACGGCCUCGUGCGGGCCGAGCUGCUGGCCACGGCGCGCGACCGCCUGCCCUUUGGCUUCUACGCCGUGCUGCGGCAGGUGGUGAAGACCCUGCAGGGUGCCGAGCCCCACGACCCUGAGACGCCGCGAUGGGACGCUGCCACCGGCGCCCCCUCCUAUCCUGGCGACGUGACGCUGGGAGGCCUUGUGGAUGUGCUCCUCACACUGUUCAGUGGCUUGAGCCGGGAGCUGCAGUUGUGUGUGCAGAGGCUGGGAGGCAUGGAUGGCAAUGAAGUGUGCACCGAGUAUUCCCCUUCACCUACUACGGCAGUCACCCUGGAAGACGGUGCAAUGCAUGAAAUUGAUGAUUGCAACAUCAAUGAUGAGGUUGGAGAGAACCAAAACUCGGAAAGAGAAGAGGAUGGCCCCAGCGAGACAUUGCACACGAUUAAAACGGAGCACUUCAGAGGUGAUGCAGGACUCGCCAUCACAGGCGUGCUCUCGCUCGUCGAGAGAAAAUCAAACCUCGAACACGUUAAGGAAGAUCCACAGAUCCACCAACAGCAGCUUGAGCAGCAGACUGGUGACGAAAUACAAAUCAUCGCCGACGCUGAAGAAAUGUCUUCGUGCAAAGUGAACACGCACAUGCCAGCUGAUACACAACACACUUCUGAAAGCCAGGAGAACCUGAAUCAUAAUUUUACUCCCUUGAAUGACAAGGAUAUGCCGUUAGAGCUCCAGCAUGAUGAACCGAAAUCUUCAAGAUCUAGCUCGAUGAGAAACGUGAAUGAAAAAUCCGAAAAGAAGCCCUUUGAGUGCACAGUGUGCAACAAGAAGUUUGCACGGAAAUACCAAUUCCUGACCCACCAGCGUGUGCACACGGGUGAGGAGAAGAUGAUUCACUCCAUGUGCGACCUUUCUUAUCCCCAGUCUUCCGAAUUUGGGGCCCAUGAGCAGAUGCAUGAGGAGGAGGAGGAAGAGGAGACGCACCCGUGCAAGUUCUGUGAUCAAAGCUUCGCAUACAAAUCGAUGCUCAUGGACCACAUGCAUUUACACUCGGAGUGGAGGCCCUACCAGUGCAAGAUUUGCGACAGCAGCUUCUUCCGUAACGAUCACUUGCAAAUGCACGUGCGCACGCACACAGGCUUACGGCCGUACCAGUGCAAGGUGUGCACGAGAAGUUUUAUGCGUAGUCAUCAUUUAAAGGUUCACGAGCGCACGCACACAGGCUUGAGGCCUUACCAGUGCAAGACGUGCAAUGCGACCUUCAUAUGUAGUCACCACUUGAAAGUCCACGAGCGCAAACACUGUGGACAGUGAUGGCAAUCGAACGAAGUGCGUCAAAUUCUUGACUUUCUUGAGUACCAGCCCCUGUGGCGUAGUGUGGAUGGCACAGGUCCAUAGUGAAAGAAGAGAAAUGGGAACCUCUGUCUCAAUCACCCUUCCCUCUUUGUAGCCUCAAACCUGGGCCCUUUCUGCCCCAUUGGCCUUUGUGCAGUUGCACUGCCUGCACACUGCAAAGCUAUUCCUCUGACAACCCCCAAGAAUUGAGCCCAUUUGUCAGCCGAUGCAGUUUUAUUUUCACAAGUAAAUUUGAGUUCACAUCCUCCCUCACACCAUAUAUUGAUGUUCCGGGUGUUGGUUCUCGGGGCAUCGGUGGUAUAAAAUAUAACUCCCACAGUGAACUCUUCAGAGCAGGUGGUGGGAGGAGGGGGGAGAUUUUCCGUGGGUGGGGAGUGAGGGUUGCCUGGACAUUACCAUUCUGGGUUGAUUCUGGGUUUUUCCGUUUGAGCUUAUAGUUCUCAUUCUACAGGAUUUAGAUUGGGCCUAAUGAAUUCAGCCAUUGAGUAUGGGAGGGGAGUAGGUGAUUAUUUCACGUACUCAAUAUGGUUUUCCUGGCCCGAUAUAUGGAAAGUUCUGAACAAAACUUUCUAUGCUCGGGUUAGCCCCGCUUCUCUUAGGCUCACCAGGGUAGUUUCCAUACCGAUAUUGACAAGAUGUAUUGUUAAUCUUAUUGAAAACCACCAUUAUAUGUUCAUAGAGCUCAGCAAUAGUCGGACAUGACCGUAAAGCACGUUUGUAAUUGUGUAAUAUAUCUUGGGGGGGGUCAUUCGGACAUGAGGCUGUACCAAACUUGGCGCUCCUCUGGUUGUUUGUAGGCCCCAUGUAAGAGUUUGAUUUGGACAGUUCUCAUGUAGAAGGAUUUUUUCCCUUUGAGAAGUGGAUUUCUAAUCUGGGUCCAUGUCUGAUUGGGGUUUGGCCCAUUUGCAAUUUGCUCCCACAACCAAUUCUCGCAUGUAUCCCACCAGUGGCGUGGGAGGGGUCGUGAAAUAGGCCCUCAAACGGCCGGGAGGGCUGAUCGUUAGAAAUAUUAUCUAGCUCCUCUCUUGCUCGACAGAGCUCAACCCCACGUCUCCUUACCUUGGGAGUGUCUUAAUAGUAGUUAUCGAGGAGCCUCUGUCCCCUUACUUUCCUGAGCCACACACCCCUUGCUAUAAGGACCUCUAUGAGGUGAGCAAAGGCGAUGUAGGAGGUUACGCACUUAACCCUUUCCCAUUCCGAUGACGUAUGUGUAUGUCGUCACCUUUUAUUCCGAUUCCAUUCCCAUGACAUACGUGUACAUCAUCAAAACAAAACCGGAAGAAAAACUAAAAUAACUUUAUCAGUACCGAGGCUCCCCCAACGCCAUGCAGGAGGGCGUGUGGCACAGUUUGGCACUAGCCAAACUGGCACCAGCCAAAUUGAGUGCGGUCGUGUUCCUGUAGUUCUCUGCGUUGACUACAAUGUCUUUUAAAAACAAUGGCGCUAUGCCUCGAAAUAAAAUUUACGCUGACCCGCUUCCACGUUCCACGUUCCAAGCAUCCCUCGGAGGCAAAUGGAACCCACCCUACAACUUGCAGACGUGUUGGAACGGGAAAGUGUUACUUUCCAUUAGCGACCCUAUUUUCAACUUUCCUAUUUUAUCUUUUCAACCGUUUAUCCCUACUAAGCAGGCCUCCGUCUGGGGCCCAUGUCCUGUGCAUCCACUCCUUCGGGUCCAAUACCAAUUGUGUAAGGACUGGGGUGUGAUCACACAUUUGGAAGUCCAGAAUUUUUACUUUUGUGACUGAGAGGGGGGUGUUUGACAACAGAAAGUUGUCUAUCCUUGAUAACGUCCCGUGCACUCUAGAAGCGUAUGUGUAAUCUCUCUCCCCAGAAUUCAAGGCCCUCCAGGGGUCUGUCAGAUGAUGGACUGAGGAGAUCUCAGCUCGGAGUCCUCUGUCUGGCGUGCGCCUCCGUUUUUGGGGGAUUUGACCUGGCUGAUCCAGUUUUUUUACAUUGAGUACAAGUAGCAGAUUCAUCUCUUUGAUAUUGAUAAUUGCAGGUUAAAUACAACAGUUUUUAAGAAAAUGAAUUUUUUAUGCAAACAUUUUGAUUCAAUUGAUUUCAUGGGUCAGAUCGUGCAAGUAAAAUGAGAGUCGUUAAAAACUCCACCUUACACAGGAUUAUCACGCAGCGAAAACCGACUUAAAAUGCUGGUUGUAACUGCCAGUGAAACGUUGCAAAUUGUUAAAUGUUAUGGGUAGCUCUCCAACACACCGGUGUCUAGAAGCACUCAGUGGCAUGUUCACGUGACGCAUUUAUUGUCUGCGUCGUUUGGAAGAGAGUGUACAACACAUUUUACGCGAUAUUAACCAAAUAUCUCUUAUGACUCAUUGGUUGUGAAAGCCAUUGUGUUAAAUCUUAUAGUGUUUGGGAAGGGCGCCGCAGUGGUGAGAUGUUAACUCCCUCGCCUGGUAUGCAGGAGGUCGUGGGUUCGAUUCCGACGGUGACCGCCUGUGUAUUUGGCGUUUGCGUAUCUUCCUGUGGGGUCCUCCAGUUUUUCCCUCUACAUUUAGAAACAUUCGUUUUGAGUAUUUGGCUACUAUAAAUUUCCACAUGAUAAGCCACUGUUGAGCUAUCAUUUGUGGCCAGGUCGCUUCUGAAAAAAUAGCCACAAAAAGAAAGUGUAUGUACAUUUUAUGUCCAGGUUUAGAUUUUCUAGCCGCGUGUUAAAUAAAUACUUUAACUGACGUGUGUUUGUACCGGUUGUAACUUUUUUGUUGUUAAAUUAGUCAUAAAAAAUUGUAGACUGCUACAGUAGUAAGGUGACGGCUAGCAACCGCUGAGAAUCUGGGUUCAAGUCUGGACAGCAGCAGCAACAGCCCAUGGUUAAACCGGCUUCUCAUGUGCAGUGAGUUGAUGGUAUACCAACACAAAUAUAGUUUUUUAUUUGCUUUGGCCAAAUUAAAGUUACGAAAAUGUUAUUAAUGUAGAUUAAUAGACUGUGUGCUCGUCAGUUUGACCGUCACCGACAUGGUUCAGCCUCCUCCCUGUGUUAUGAAUCCGGCCAACUUCCAUCCAUGGCUGAACAAUCAGUGGCGAGAGAUAUUGGAGCCGGUCCUGAACAAUCCCCACUCCCCACCCCUUCCUCCUCCAACCCACUGUGACCAACGUGCUGAACUAUGGUCAAACAACCCCACGUGGCCGACACGGCAUGGUGGUGUCGGUGGGGGGGGGGGAAGCCCUUCACCGAAUAGCAAAGGGGCCGUCCAUAAAUGACGUCACGCACCUAGGGGG